AUGACUGAACAUAUUUUUGAGAAAAUCUCUUUAAAUCUAUCAAAUGUUAUUAAUAAUUGUGUCUACAAGCAAACUACGUUGAAAGAUGCUCAAAAUGAAAUUAAAGAAACAAUGAAUGUUAUUAUUAAUCAAUACAACCAUUAUAUUAGCAAAGAUAUUAUGGAUGAAAUACUUAUUUUAACGUCAAAAUUAUUAUAUUCACAAAAUAUUGAAUCACUAAUUAUUGAUUUGAAUAAAUUAAAUGGAGUAAUAAGAAGAAUUAUAGAAAGGAUGGUGAAUGUUUGUAAAACAGUAAAUUGGUAUGAACAAGUAAAAUUAAGAGUUGUACAAAAAGAAAUGUUUGCAUCGGAAUUGAUGGUUCCAAAAGAAAUAGAAUAUGAAAAAAGAAUUGAAAUAUUUAAGACAUAUAUUCACAAUGACAUUAAAAUUCAUGACUCAGACGAUAAAAAUGCUGUUAUCAAUACCCUUAGAAAAUUAAUAAUAAUUUUAUUUCUUCCUAUCCAUACAAAAUCUACAAAAGUAAAUAAAAAUAAUAUAAAAAUUAUAUUUUAUUGUAAUCACUCAGGAAAAACAAAGGAAACGUGUAAAGGAAGAGAUUGUGAAUAUAAAAUAAUUUUAAGAUUAGGAUUUGAUAAUAAAAAUAAUAUUAUAGAAAUUAAUGAACAUAAACAUCCUUUAGAUUAUUUUUUUGUUGUAUCAAAAACUUGUCCUUUGUUAAAAUGUGAGAAACAAUUAAUUCCAAAAGCAAAUAAUGAAAUAAUAAAAUUUAUUGCAAAUCAUCCUCAUAUUCAAAUUCCUUUUAGAAAAUUUAGACAAAUUCAGAGAGAAGAAGAUAAAAAUCACAUUUUAGAAAAUAUAUUUCUUUCAGAAACAUUUUUUGAAAAUGAGUCAUUUAUUAAAUUAACAAAUACUUUCACUAAUGGGUAUAUUCAUUCUAUGUUAUUCAUUCAUAAGAAAGUGGCUCAAAUGGAAUAUAGUAAAAGAAAAUGGUAUGUUGAUGAUACUGCUAAAACAAAUAUAUAUAAUAAAAAUUUAUAUGUUAUUAUUGUAAAAGAUGAUAAUUCUUUUAACCAACUUCUUUCUUUUGGUUAUUUAUUUGAUCAAUCUGAAUGUUCAUAUAAAUUCUUUCUUCAUCAACUUUAUAACAUUUUAAAUUAUACUCCUCAAAUAAUUGUUUGUGAUCGUUGCAUUGCUCAAUACAAUGCUUUAAAACUUUUAUUUCCUCAUUCUAAACUAUUUUUCUGUAGAAUUCAUAUAGAAAGAUCUUUGAAAAAAUAUUUUAAGAAUGAUCAUAUAAUAAUGAAAUUAUUUCAUUUAACAAUGAAUAUGAAAUUAAAUGAAAAUGAUUUAAUUGAAACAUGGAAAAGUAUUAUAAUGAAAAAUAUUAAAAAUAUAGAAGAAGAUAGUGAUGAUGAUGAAAAUACUUGUUAUGGUGAUAAUGAAAGUAAUGAUGAAGAAGAAAAUGAUGAUCAAUUGUUUGAACCAGAUACAAGUGAUAUUAUAAAUUCAACAGAUAGACAUAACACAUUACAAGAUAAUAUUGAACAAAUGAUAGAAGAAGCAAAAGAAUUAAAUAUUAAUAAAGGAUUAAUGUGUUUAAUUGAUUUAAUUCAACACAAAGAAAAUUGGAUUCCUUCAGAAUGUAUCAAAUAUGGAAUGUAUCGUGAUUUUACAACAAAUCGAGUAGAAGGUUUCUUUGGACAUUUAAAAAAAAUAAUUAAUCAUAAUAAUCUUCCUUUAUAUUUAUUAACAGACAAUAUUUAUGCACUUGCAAAUACAAUGUUUAGUAAUAUAAUUGGGAUUGAUCUUCCUGAUGAAAUUAUAGAUAAAAAUGUUCCUCAUUUUAAUUUAUUGACUGAAUUUUCAAAGAAAGUCUUAAAAUCUCAAUACAACGUAUUAAAUAAUAAUGUAAUAUGUGAUGACACUCAUUAUUGUAUUAGUUGUCAAAUAAGAAAUGUUAAUCCUAAAGUAGCAUGGCCUUGUUAUCAUUUGAUGAAAGAAAGAAAAACUAUGUCAUUAAAAUAUCUUAUUAAUUAUGAUGACCUUCCAUCAUUUGCUUUUAAAUCAAAAGAAAUUAAAGUAAAUUGGACUGAUAAAUCAAUUUCUAAUAUUGAUUUACCAAAUAAUUAUACUUUGAUAGCAAAUGUAAUUGUAAAUAAAAUAAAACAUAAUACAAAUGUACAUCCAAGGAAUAAAGUUGAUAUUAGGAAAAGAACUUCAAAAGAAGUAUUUUUUAAUGAAAUUGCUCCAUUUCAAUUGAAGAAGUGUAGAAUUCCUGAAAAAAGUAAAUGUGAAGAAGAUAAUAUUGAAGAAAGAAUGUCAUCAAUUCAUUCACAAAAUUCUAACACUCAACUAUCUCAAAUUGAAAUAUAUACUGAUGAAAUACAUGAAUAUGAUAGUAUAUUAACAGAAGAUGAAUUUGAGAAGAUAAUGAAAACAUUUAAUGUUCCACCAAAAUGUAUGUUAUGUGGUUUUUCAAUGAAUAAUAAUAUAUAUCAAUUACCACAUAAUAUUAAUGAAAUACAAACAAUUAUAUUCCCAUUUUCAUCAAAAAAUAAAUAUGGAUUCAUAGCAUAUGUUAAUAGAAUUAAUAUAACAGGGAAAGAAAGAAAAGAUUGUGUAGUACAUAUUAAAUAUGGGAAUGUUAAAUAUCCAGAGUUUAUGAGAGGAAUGAAUAAACAAUUAAUGAGUGUGUUAGAAUUACCAAAUGAACCAAUAAUUUAUUCUAUAAAAAUUAAUGAAUGUAUUGGACAAAUAAAACAUAAUGGUUAUAUAACACUUUUCUUAAUAGAAUCUUUCAUAAAUAAAAGAAAAGAAGAUGUUAUAACAGGAAGAUCAAAGAAUCUAAGAGAAUAUAUUUCAAUAGAAAAAAUGAUAGAAUCAUUCAAACGUUAUAAAAAAAUUAAAUCUAAUUAG